AGAGGCAACGGGGCUGGGUGGUACUUCUGCCUUGGUGCGCAAUGACUGAUGCUGAGAGAAGGGAGAGGGAAAAAAACAUUGCAUUUCUUUCCAGAUGUGCAUUUUAUCACAAUCCAAACUGGGCAUUUUUAUGCAUGCACGCUCUGUCGUCCUAAAACAUGUGAUAGUCUUCAUACAAUGCUGAUGCAAGGGUUUUUGCUUUUUUGCAGCAUCAAAUGCAUGGUUUUGUCGGCCCUCGGCGGUCAUCUGGUUGACUUCCAAGCACGUUCAUCAAUCUGAGCAGAAGUUUGUUGCAGGAAGUCACCAUGCUGACCACCAUCACAGAAGGAAUACUUUGCUGCCUAACUGGGAAGGCCGCCCGUCUAGUUUUACCAUUAGAGUCGACGGAGCCCUCCGAUGGUUUCGAGUUCGUGGAGGUGAAACCCGGACGAGUCCUGCGAGUGCGUCACAUCGUCCCCGAGCGUCAGCCAGUCGUCAGCAACGAUUCCGCCGUGGCCCGGGAGCAGAAAGACGCUGUUCAUGACGAGCCUAAAAAUGACACUAACAGCGGUGUCCACUGCAAGAGGAAGAUCACAGUGUAUCGCAACGGCCAGCUGGUGAUUGAGAAUCUUGGCGACGUUUUGCACUCUGAGAUCCUUCAGUGCCAGGAUGGUGAUCUGGAGCCGUGUAGUACUGUGGAAGUGGAGCUGGCUGACUAUAAAGACUUGGCCUCGUCUCCGGACCCCAACCCUGUCCCUCCUCCUGUUCCUCCACCUCCCGGUGAGCAAAAGCCCGCCCCACCUCCCCGCCGCCGACGCAGGAAGCCUAAGCGCACCGUGCUGAUCGACUCCAAGAGAGUGAUCUCCAGUUGCAAGGGGACGCACUCGGACGUAGCGUUGUUCUUUGUGCACGGUGUCGGAGGCUCGUUAGACAUUUGGAGCAGCCAAUUGGACUUUUUCUCUCGGCUGGGUUAUGAGAUCAUUGCGCCGGACUUGGCGGGGCACGGGGCCAGCACGGCCCCACAGAUUGCAGCAGCGUACACUUUUUACGCUCUGGCGGAGGAUCUACGCGCUAUCUUCAAGAGAUACGCUCGUAAACGCAACAUUCUCAUUGGCCACUCUUAUGGAGUGUCGUUCUGCACAUUCCUGGCCCACGAAUAUCCUGACCUGGUCCACAAGGUGGUUAUGAUCAAUGGAGGCGGUCCCACAGCCUUGGAGCCCAGCCUCUGUUCCAUCUUCCAACUUCCUUCGUGUGUCCUCCACUGUCUGUCCCCUUGCUUGGCUUGGAGUUUCCUCAAAGCUGGAUUUGCCCAUCAGGGUGCCAAAGAAAAGCAGCUUUUGAAGCAGGGCAACGCCUUCAAUGUGUCUCCAUUUGUACUGCGUGCCAUGAUGAGCGGCCAAUACUGGCCCGAGGGCGAUGAGGUUUACCAUGCUGAGCUCACAGUGCCCAUCCUUCUGGUUCAUGGCAUGUGUGACAAGUUUGUGCCCAUGGAUGAAGACCAACGAAUGGCAGAGAUCCUCCUAUUUGCCUUUCUGAAAGUCAUCGAGGAAGGAAGUCACAUGGUGAUGAUGGAGUGUCCCGACACGGUCAACACACUCCUUCACGAGUUCUUUCUAUGGGAGCCCGACGUGUCCAAAAAAGACUGCGGCAAGACAGACAUGGAGAAGUGUGUCGCAUUCAGUGACACUCUCCGCAUGCCGAGAAUCAGCAAGUCCAAUGACAAAUAACCAAUAAGGAUUCCGGCGGGUUCUUGUCGAGGAAUUAUUAAGUAGAUGGCCUUUUUGUGGCUGUUGUCAAAAUGUUCUUCAGGCUGCUUCCGGGCUGAGAGCUGUUACAUACAAGGCCAUGUCUCGAGGAAGAGGGCGGCCGCUGGUGCUCGAAGAUAAAGCUGGAAUACUGGCACGUUGCCAAGCAGAGAACAAAGAUGAGAGAAACUGAUGCAAAUAUAAAGUCAUUGUGCAUUUUUUUUACUCAUACCUAUUUUUGUGCACACGACUGGAGGUCAAAAGCACUGUUACAAGUCACGACGAAUGUGUCGUGUUUCUCGGAAACAACUGCGACGUGCAAAAGUCAUGAAAUGUGCGGAUUUCCUUGCCUGCGUCUUUUAUAUUGCGUCAAAUGCUGCAAGAUUAUACGCUAAAAAUUGACUCAAGCUUUCAUGUCUGUUUGUCCAGUGGAAAUUCCUGGGCGGACAUUUACGGGACAUGUUACAAAUUAUGCAACGUUAACUUAUAGUACAGAACUACCAAGACGUACAUAUAUUGCAACUCAGAUAUUAUAGAUUGGAAAAUAUUUUGAGCUGUUGCUGCUUAAAUUACAUAUUGUCGCUGUCGUGUGGAAACCUAUGGCUACAUUUGCUCAAUUCCUCAUUUUUAUCAUAAAUUGAUACUAUUGCAAAGGCCCUAUAUGGGUCUAUUAUUCUUACAAGUUAAAAAAUAGUAUGCUCUCUUCAACGAUACAAUUUCUAAUAACUCAAAGAAAUAUGCAGUGUUAUUCCAAAAGAAACAACGGUUUUACGAUGAUUCCGCCCGACAACGACAACCCAAAGGGUAUGUUUGUAUGUUAUUUACCACACGGUUGCAUGGAUAUUUAAAAGGGAUCUACAAAACAUGCUGUAGAUAUAUAUAUAAAAUGAACACAUUAAUUCCUUCAGUAAAUAAAAUUUUUGAGGCGCUGCAUUUGUGCAGAGCUGGGAUUUUUGUCUUACCCAAUGCUUUUUGCUUCAAUCAAAUUGUGUUACAGUGUAUCUGUAAAUAUACAGUGAUGCCUUGGGAGACUUUUUUUUUUGCUCCAGACAAAAGCCUUUGUUGGGAUGGUUGAAUUCAACUCACUUAUUUGGCAGACAGUAAACAAGUCUUCAAAAAAGAGGCUUGUUGUUUGCCACUUGUAGUUGAAGUUUAUCGUCAAAUCUAAAAGAAAACAAAGAAAAUUUUGUAUAUAGAUUUUUGUGUAUUUAACAGUCACAUGAAUCUGCUAGCUUACACAUAAUGGGAAAUGCCAUAAAUGUGGUAACGAAAAGCAUCGAUGUGGCUAACGCUUCAAAUAAUGCAUAUUUCAGCUCAAAUGACGCUCAAACAAGCAAUAUAACAACAUUAUAUUAUUUAUCUUCAGCAAAAAUAUAAAUGGCACUUAAGAGAGUCAAAGGAGUGUCCUCGUGAUUGUAGUAUACUGCCCCUGGUGGCCAAAUCACAUCCACCAGAAGGAGCUGCAAUAAUUUAGGGAAGAGGCACAAACUAAUUCUUUACAAUCGGUUAAAUUAUGUAUGAUUUUAGAAAGUGAAAUGGGAGACGUAGCUAUUUUCCUUAUUAAGAAACACAUUACAUGAUUUGGAAUACGAGCAUAGUCACAAAACAAAAGGAACUCGUCUGUCAAGGCACCACUGUACAUUACAAUUUAUUCUGAAAUGCCACAAACAGCCGUCGUCCAACGUAAUAAUUUGUUAUCGUAAUAACCGCUUCAAAAUCUUGUGUGUGGGUGUUUUUUGGGUUGGGUUUUUUUCGCGGACUAUUGCAAACUCUCCAGUCCGCCCACUUGGUGGCAAGAAGAAAGAAUGAUCUCAGUCUUUUUUGCUCACUCAAAGACAUUCAUUCAUGAGUGUUGACUUGUCUCAUAGUGGGACAGUACAGAAAACCUUUAUGAUUGAUCUCUGUCGGCAGUGGGCUAUCAUGGAAGGUGCUUUUGAAACUGGUUGUACAGUGCUUCAAAUCAAACGAGUUAACCAAAACAAAUCUUGCUUCUCGCACAAUGCUGGUCUGUUAUACAGUACAGUAUAUGCAUUUGGACAGAGAGAGGACGCUACAAGAACAGUUUUAUGCAACUAAAUCAAAGUGGAAAUGAGAGCAACUCAAAUUGUUGCCUCUACAUAUUAUUUAAUAUUUAUGGAUUUACCCCAAAAUCAACAAUGCUACCAAUGUAAUGUUAUGUGCUAUGUGUCUAUUUUGAUGUGAAAGGUCAGUUAAAGUGUAUGGACUUACAGGGUGCACAUGUACUUCCUUCUCUGCUACAAGUGUGCAUACUUAUUGUUAGUGAUUCAGUGCUAUAUCUUCUUGUGAUUAACAAAAAUGUAUUAAUGUGAUUAUUGAAUUUAUUCAUGGGAAUCAUAAGAUAUGCACUGCUUGAAUGUGGAUGCAUAUAGCAACAAUCCACACCUUUGGAGUCACACUGUAUGAAUGUGCCUUUUCUGGCAUGAAAUAAAACUGAUCUUCACAGUC